CUUAGCCUGUAUUAUAAAUGAUUGAACAUGCAGAUGUAGUGUAUGAAUUAUUGGAUGGCCACAGUUUGGGAAAGCGCCCUUGAAGACUAAAAACAGCAGUCCACAUGAGGCAGAGUGAAUUAUUCAUUCAGCCUGCACUUUCUAUGUUUGUGACAGUGUGGCUCUACAGCAACACUCACUGCCUUGCCUUGCCUUGCCUACCACAGUAAAAAUAGAACCAGAGAGUAGUUAACAAGAGCGUUGCUUUUCUCUUACUGAGAUGUCAUGGAGGUAGUUAUGGUGUAACACUUUAUUAUAAAGGUGUUGUUCACUCACUUCCAGUUUUAAUUCACAUUAAUCUUGUUAAUGUGACGCUUUUCUCUUAUGUCUCCAGGAGACCCAAUAGGAAUGUAUCAUAUCAUAGGCAGUCUGCUCACUUCCCGGUGCAGGCCAGGGACCCACGUCACUCCCUGAGCUAGUGGUUUAAAUAUAGCCCUGACGACGUCCUUCUGAAAUGGAUCUGGUGACGCUGGGCUGCCCCUGGAUGAUUGACGGAGUACAAAUACAGACAGAGUCACCCAGGCAGCCACUGCACCACAUGGGCCAGUUCUCCCAGGAGACCCACUUCCACAGGAGACCUGACACACAGACGCUGAGAGACUCAUCCAAUUCACACUCGGGAAGAAGCGACAGGGCGGACAUGCUGGCUCAUCUGGGACAUUGUAACGUGGUGUUGUCACAGCCACAGGGGCAUUUAGCAGGCACAUCUCGUCCAGAGGGACUCUACAGAAUGACAGAGGGAGAAAUUACUGUGCUCUCCAUGGGGCCAACGACACAGCAAAACUACAGACAUCUCAUACGGCUCUACUGUAUGAACGGAGGACAUCAUCUGCAGAUCCUACCGGAUGGGACUGUGGCGGGCAGCAGAGAUGAAAAUAAAGAUGACAUCCUGAAGGUUAAAGCAGUGAGUGCUGGUGUGGUGGCCAUCAAGGGCCAUGAGACGGGCCGUUACCUGGCCAUGGACAAAGAUGGUCAUCUCUAUGGAUCGAAAACUCUGAAGGAUGAGUGUUACUUCCUGGAGAAGAUGGAGGAGAACCAUUACAACACAUACAGGUCUCAGAAGUACCAGGCCAAAGACUGGUUCCUGGGGCUCAAGAGGAAUGGGCAGCCUAAAGCUGGCCAAAGGACACACAUUGGCCAGAAGGCCAUAUAUUUUCUGCCUCGGCCUGUUGACAACACCACCAUGUAAAGGCAGAAGACAGGAAAUGUCAACAAUGACCAUGUCACAGCAAUCAAUCACCUCAAUUCACUUUGAACAAUGUGCUCUUAAUCAAUAAGUAAAUGUGACAAAGCAUCAAUAAUCAUUAUGUUAUUAUAUUUUAUGAUCAAUGGGCCAUUUUAAUGUAUUCCUUUUGUACGAUAAUAGCAUAUGUAUCACACAAAUGGUUUCUUAUUUAUAUCCUAUGUUUCCUCAUAUUUGUUGGAGAAUAUUUAUUAAUAAAAUGUUGUAAAAAUAUA